AUGGACAUCACCCCAGCCGCGAUGAAUCUGCAAGGACACCCAACUACUUCGCAUCCGAAACGCUCCUCGCCCUCAUGCAGAGUGCCCCUUCGUUUCAUUCGUCGAAAGCCACCUCGUGUGGUUCAACAGCCCUCGACCAAUGACUAUCCCGGUGGAGGAGUGAUCCUGGAAUAUCGGGACGCCCAAAAUCGUUUGCUUAACCACGCAUUUCGUCCCAAUGACCCCGCCGCGAUGGCGCAACGUUUUGCUCCAGCCAUUGCGCGUCUGUACUCCGGCGUAGAUAUAGGUCCGACGGACUACUUCUCAGUCCUUGCUAGGAAACCUCCAUUACCAUCGGAAACUUCACUAUACAAGCUUUUCCCCUUCACGCCAGACCUGAAAAUACGUGUAUGGGACCCUAAAGUCUCGCAAGCAGGCUUGGUCUCAACACGUUUUUACAGACUCGAUUUCGUGGACAUGAACGGCAAACCCCAGCACGUAGGAAACACGGUUCAAGCAGUAAUUGGUAGGAGGGUCCUUUAUGGGCCAGAAGUGGAGGGAGACGUGUUGGUCGCAAUCGACGAUAUCGGUCUUCCGUCGCAGGAGCCAGAGAUAUUUGGGAUCUGCGCCCAACUGCCUUAUGACUUUUGUCACAACGGACACUUCGUAGAGUCUUAUACGUUCGCCUUUGACUUGCUCGAGUAGUGUAAUGACGAUGGAAGAAUGGCAAUGCCUUCGGGAAGGAAUUUGAUCACCAUACCGCCAAUAGCUCUAAGUAUCAAGAUAAAGUCGGUAAGUAUUUGUGUUGACAUCAGUACCUGCAACAGAAUCCAGUCGGGCGUAUACAGAAGCUGCCCCUAGUCGAUGCCAUGCUUCAGUGUCGACACAGAUAACAUUCAGAUAUUCACGUCGAGGACGAAACGAUGAAUGUGAGUCCAAGAACGCAGAUAUCAAAUACAUAUGAAGGAUAUCGUACUGCAUUCUCAGAGUCGAUGUCAAGCACUAUGAACUUUUACACAUCCUGGCAAUCCUUACAGGCGACCUCGACGACACUACACUUCGGCCUGUCGUUUGAAU